UGCUGGAAUCUAUAAUCAAUAUCCAAAAGUUGGGUACGAAGGAAUCGUAUUAUUUAUUCAAUAUUCAUUAAGGUUCUUUAACUAGAAGUAUUUUUCAAGCAUAAAAAGAAAUAAAUUAAAAAAGACAGUAAUACAUCCUUUUCUGUUUGCAGUGGCUGUACAAGCAAUAUCAUGAAUUAAGUCAAGUCCGGCCUUUGUGUAGGCUAGGCGACAAGAUUGAGUGUUGGUCAUUUUAAAUUAAAAAACUUGAAAAAUAGAUGUAAUGAAUUAGGUUGAUAAAUAGGGUGCGGCAGUGAUUUAAGAUCUCAUCCAUUCCAAUAUUGCAGAGGGAAAAAUGGUAGCGCAAAGCGUGACUAAUGAAGAGAUCGCUCGCUACUGGAAGCAGCGCCACAUGUUGGAGGAAGAUCACCUCUUCGCCGCAAUCAAGGCUGCUGCUCGCAUUCGUGCUCGGAACCUCUCUGAAGCUGAUUACCUGCAAUUUCAAGAGGCCUUAACUGAGGAGGAUGACAAGUUUGGAAAAAAGAACAAGAUGAGUAAAGUUGAGAGAAGGGUGGGAGUGAAAGAUUGGUGGACUAAGAGCAAAUAUGCAUACCUCAACCAGCCAGCUCUCAAGCCGGUCGACUUUCAUCUUCGCCAAUAUUCACUUACUUUCAAAUCUGCUUCCCUUCUCAAAUUCAUAUCUCCACCAACCAGCUAGCUAGGAGUAAUUAAUUGCAAUCCUCUCUUCACUUAUGUAAUUCUAUAAUUUAUAUCUAUCUCUGUAUAUAACUUGUGUAUAUGCAAAUCAUGGCUGAAUUUCCUGCCAUUUCCGAUAA